AUGCCCAAAGUGGUGCACGUGGGCAGAAGGAGCGCCACAGGAUCCUGCACCUGUGACCGGGAGCUGCCCUUGACCAACCAGUCAUCCAGACAAGGGAAGAUCUGGACCGCCCCAGUGCCUGAGGGCGGAACGAAAGGAUCGGUGGUUUGUUUCCCCACAGGUAACUUUGAGCAGGCCAAUGAGGAGCUGAGGGCCAUUAUCAAGAAGAUCUGGAAGAGAACUAGCAUGAAACUCUUGGACCAGGUCAUUCCACCAAUUGGAGAGGAUGAGGUGACCGUGGGCAAGUUCUAUGCGACCUUCCUCAUCCAGGAGCACUUUAGGAAGUUCAUGAAGCGCCAGGAGGAGUAUUAUGGGUAUCGGCCCAAAAAGAACACCAUUGCUAUCCAGGCCGGCCUGAGAAGCAUUGAAGAGGAAGCCGCGCCCGAGAUCCACCGAGCGAUCUCUGGAGACUUGACCGCUGAGGAGGAGCUGGAGAGGGCCAUGAUGGAGGCAGCGAUUGAGGAAGGGAUAUACAGG